AUCUUUCCUUGCGCACCUAGUGAUGUGAAUAACCAUGACGCUGCGUGCACCAAGUUAUCAAUGAUUCUGUAGAUCUAUCGUGGAGUUUCUGUCUAAUAUUGGAACUCUUGAGUCUAAUAGCUUCACAGACCUCUGUAAAAGGAAGUAGAAGAAAGUUAGCGGUCGAAUCGCAUCUUCAGGAGCUUCAUCGCUGUACUUUUCUUACUUGCCUCGCUUCCACGCCCACAUCCACUUUCACUUCCGCUUCGUCUGCGCCAGAGCCUCACUCGUCUCUCCAACCUAGCCUUCCUUCCAUAGUCUCGACCUUCUUCAAUUACGAAAGACACCCGCGGCUAUUUGGUCGAUAACAUACUCGAUUCUCUUUUUCCGUACCAUUUACUACAGACCACCCGAACCUACAUACACUCCUGCCUCGAAUCCUUUCUCUACAGUCGAAACGAUUGCAUACAUAUCCGUUCGUUUAAGACAAUAAUUUAUACAAAUAAGGCCUUGAUAAAUUCAUCACCAUGGCUGCGCGACCUACCACUCCGGCGUCGCCUAAGAAUGUCAAGAUCAAUUCUCCCACUCCCGGAACACCCUUGUUUGGCUGUGAACAUGUCCAACUACUUCUUUCCAACAGCCCCGACGUGAUGAACAGUACUGUCCAGUAUUACAAGAUGUUGCUGAGAGUCAUAUUCGAUGGCAAUCCCUUAGUGCCACAGACCUGCAAGGGCCCAGACGGACAGAUAAUUACCUCUUUAACGUCGAACUAUCUCUGCUUGCAAUGUUCGACCAUCGCCUCCGAGGAAGAGCGCAUAAAACAUGGCAAUAAGAAGAGCCACCGAUUCUACGUUGACUCGAGAAGUGGUGCGCUUUUCUGCCAGUUCUGCGAGGAUUUUGUGUGGGACCCGACUCUGGACGAGCUCCGAGUGAGAAAAAUAGGAACUGGAUCUUUUUCGAGUCGUAAAAGGAAGCACGAGGAAAUGUUCUCGGAUGCUGUAAAGGAUCCCCUGAAGGACGAUCCUAGGUAUAUCUCGUCCAACACCACCAUCGCCUCAUGUAGAGCAGACGGGCUUCGGGGAAUUUACAAUGCUGGCGCAACAUGCUACCAGAACGUCGUCCUUCAGAGCUUCCUCCACAAUCCUUUACUCAGAAACUUCUACCUGAGUGAUGGACAUCAGAGCAGCGAUUGCCAAGUGCCUCAUUGUUUGAGCUGUGCGAUGGACGACAUGUUUCAGGAUUUCUACGCCCUAGAGAACACUAAUGGCUAUACUGCAGCUAAUAUUCUCUCCGGGUUUUGGAUAUCUGAAAAGAAGGCAUUCGAGAACCUGGUGACAACUAGGGAGCAGGAUGCUCACGAGUUCUUUCAGUUCCUAGCUGAGGAACUGCAUGAGAGGAAUGGUGAUGGUAAGAAACCCGAGACGGGGAGCGAGCACAGUUGCAACUGCAUCAUACACCAGACUUUCUACGGAAAGCUCCAGAGUCAGACGACUUGUCAACAUUGCGGGGGCGUUACGAACGCAAUAGAGUCGUUUCUUGAUCUAAGCUUGGGCUUAGACAAUCUAUCUCACAAAAAGGUCAAAAAGGCACCUAAAGGCGGGCCUUCCCUGACGUUGCAAGAUUGUCUCGACGAGGAAUACAUUAAGUCCGACAAAUGCGAGUAUCGGUGUAGAAACUGCAAUUCGUCGCAGCAGGCUCGGCGAGACCACAGCAUUAAACUUCUUCCGAACGUCCUCUCCAUACAACUUAAGCGGUUCGAGUUUAAGCAAGGUAGUCGUGACCGAGUUGCUUCGAAGAUUAGUACAAAGGUACAAUUUCCGUUGCAGCUGAACAUGCUCCCGUAUACCACUCGUGGUAGAGCAUCUGACGCCAAGGACAGCCAGGAGCUGAGGCGUUCAUGUACAUAUGACCUGCUGAGUGUUGUAGAGCACGUCGGAGAGAUCGACACAGGUGAGUUAUUACCUCUACAGAAACCCCCUGGAUCAAAGCUGACUAAGGCAGGACACUACGUGACUUAUUCUCGAGUGGGAGAUCAGUGGUUCUCCUUCAACGACCACAGGGUCGAGUUGGCUAAGAAGUCCGACGUACUAGGAAGUCAGGCUUACUUACUCUUCUACAUCAUCCGAUCAUUGACAUAGGGACGUGUUUGUAUCAUUUGGCAUCGGUAUGGGACGGAGUUGUUCUGAAGCAUUUACAUGGGUUGGGGGGUUGACGACUCCUAUACGGCGUAUUGACUU